AUGUUUGGCAGUCUCAAGAAAAAGCUCUCGCGGCGGUCGUCGAACCAAGUCACUGACACGAGUGCCGCUCACUCAAGCAAAAGCCAGGGUUCCCGUCUUGCCCCUCCAUCGGCUGACAACUCGUUUGCAUCAGCAACCCCUCCAACGCGUCGCCCAAACAGCGCCAACAUGAACCAACUCAGAGCACAAAGCGACGCGCCUCCAGCUUACUCGCCGGGACCAGCUGAGAAUUUGCAGCCCGCUAUGUACACCCCGAGAUCAGCUUCCACUGCGGAUGAUCAGUUUGCGUUUUUGAAGUCUUUCGACACAAUAUUCCUCAUCGAUGACUCUGGUUCUAUGGCUGGGCGGUCGUGGCGAGAGACCGGCAAGGCUCUGGAGACUAUUACACCGAUUUGCACAGAACGCGACGCUGACGGCAUCGACAUCUACUUCUUGAACCACCCCGACUCUUCUAUCUACAAAAAUGUCGUUACAGCUGGCACCGUCAUUGAGAUCUUCCAGACCGUGCGUCCAGGUGGUGCAACGCCAACUGGCCAGCGCCUCCAAAAGAUCCUCAAACCGUAUCUGCAACAAUACGAAAGAAACCCGGAAACCACUAAGCCCAUUAACGUCAUCGUCAUCACUGAUGGGGAACCAUCAGAUGACGUUGAGGCUCCCAUCAUUGCAUGCGCAAAGAAGCUCGACAAGCUCGAUGCACCACCCUGGCAAGUCGGCAUCCAGUUCUUUCAGGUCGGCAAAGAAGCUGGUGCACGCGAAGCAUUGAAACAACUUGACGAUGGACUGCGCGAAGCAUCUGGCGACAACGAGCUACGAGAUAUCGUGGACACAAUCCCAUUUACGGGCGAUGACGAUUCCGAGCUGACAGGCGAAGGAGUUCUCAAGGUCGUCUGUGGGGCAGUCAAUCGCAGGCUCGACAGGCAGUCUAAGGAGCUGCAUCGCACGUUGCUUUGA